AUGCCCCGUGAAAUCAAAGAAAUCAAGGAUUUCCUCCUCACAGCAAGACGGAAGGAUGCCAAGUCCGUGAAGAUAAAGAAGAAUCCGACGAACACCAAGUUCAAGGUGCGAUGCAGUCGCUUUCUGUACACGCUUGUCGUGACAGACAAGGAGAAGGCCGACAAGUUGAAGCAGUCUCUUCCUCCUGGUUUGCAAGUGAAGGAGCUCAAGCGUGAAAAAGUCACAAAACGGGGAAAAAAUGGUCGAGUGAGUGUUUUUGUUGCCAUGGCGACGCGAUUUCAAGACCGUGUAUCUCUGUUUGAAGCCAAGGACGUAACCAUGAUGUUCAAUUCUUCUCAACACGCUGACAAAGACUCUGUUCCGUACUUUCUCCGGAAUCUUCCUUCUUUCAACAAAGAAAACUUCACCCGUUACAAAGCGGACUCGUCAUCUCAGAAGAAGCCCAUUGGAGUGUAUGUAUCAACAGUAUCUGACCCAUCUGCUCAGGUGAUAGUGAACGACGAUACGAAUAUUUUGUUGCGUCAUCUUCGCCGGGAAGCUACGAUGGUCCUGGAUUCCGGUGUGAAGCGUCAUUUGUCGGAUGAUCGCGGUGACAGGAAGAGAAUUCGUCUCAGUGAUCGUACGGCCAGACCGUCUCGCGAGAACUGA